AUGUCUGUUGAUCCAAUUACUUGUCAUAUCUUGGACACCAGUCUCGGCAAACCGGCAGCAGGCGUAACAUGCUCUAUUUUUUUCUUGUCGCCACUCAUAUCCGACAGGGGAGACGCUUCGUCCUACGACAUCUCAACACUGCCUGAGCCAUUUGCUAUGGGAAAAACUGAUAACGAUGGACGGAUUAAGCAGUGGGUACCCAAUCCGUCUAUUGAUUCAGCCCAAGCUAGCAUAAUCGGUUUCGAGGACAACAAAUGGUCGGUCUUGAAGCCAGGCAUAUAUAAGAUCAAGUUUUUGACUGGGAAGUACUUCCACGAAUUGAAUGCUAGCAACAGAACCUUUUUCCCUUUUGUGGAGAUUCUUUUUCAAGUUGAGAAUCCUCCUGAUCAUCAUUAUCAUGUUCCAUUGCUCUUGAGUAAUCAUAGUUAUUCCACCUAUCGUGGAAGUUAG